GGGACCGGAGCCGGAGUGGUUCCGAGAACCGGGCGGAGGUGGGACUGGGAACAGGGCCGAAGCGGGACCGGGAACCGGGCGGAAACUGGGGCAGGAACCGGGCGGAAGCGGGGCAUGAACGGGGACAGGAACCGGGCGGAAGAGGGGCACGAUCCGGGACAGGAACGCGGGCAGGAACCGGGCGGAAGCGGGGCACGAUCCGGGACAGGAACCGGGCGGAAGCGGGGCACGAUCCGGGACAGGAACCGGGCGGAAGCGGGACAGGAACGCGGGCAGGAACCGGGCGGAAGCGGGGCACGAUCCGGGACAGGAACCGGGCGGAAGCGGGAGCAGGAACCGGGACAGGAACCGGGCGGAAGCGGGAGCAGGAACCGGGACAGGAACCGGGCGGAAGCGGGAGCAGGAACCGGGACAGGAACCGGCGCAGCGGCGCCUCGGGACGGAGCGGGACCCAUGGAGGAUCCCGGCCCCGAGCCUGACCCCGGCCCCGGCCCCGGCCCGGCCGCCGAGAGCCCGGCGGAGCGGAGCGCCUCGGGGCUGGAAGGGGACACUCACCGCGGUGCCUACACCGCCUUCAUGAAAUCCCAUCGCUGCUACGACCUGAUCCCCACCAGCUCCAAACUGGUCGUCUUCGACACAUCCCUGCAGGUGAAGAAGGCGUUCUUUGCGCUGGUCACCAACGGUGUCCGGGCAGCCCCGCUCUGGGACAGCAAAAAGCAAAGUUUUGUAGGGAUGCUGACCAUCACCGACUUCAUCAACAUCCUGCACCGCUACUACAAAUCCCCCAUGGUGCAGAUCUAUGAGCUGGAGGAACAUAAAAUAGAGACAUGGAGAGAGGUUUAUCUGCAAGACUCCUUCAAGCCACUGGUCUGCAUUUCCCCCAAUGCCAGCCUGUUUGACGCCGUCUCCUCCCUGAUCCGGAACAAGAUCCAUCGCCUGCCUGUCAUCGACCCCGACUCGGGGAACACGCUCUACAUCCUCACCCACAAACGCAUCCUCAAGUUCCUCAAGCUCUUUAUCGCAGAGGUGCCCAAGCCUGAGUUCAUGGCGCGGACGUUGGAGGAGCUGCGGAUCGGCACCUACAGCAACAUCGCCGUGGUUGGCACCAGCACCCCCAUCUACGUGGCCCUGGGCAUCUUCGUGCAGCACCGCGUCUCCGCGCUGCCCGUGGUCGAUGACUCGGGGCGCGUGGUGGACAUCUACUCUAAAUUCGACGUUAUUAACCUGGCAGCUGAAAAGACCUACAACAACCUGGACGUGACGGUGACGCGGGCGCUGCAGCACCGCUCCCACUAUUUCGAGGGCGUCCUCAAGUGUUACAAGCACGAGACGCUGGAAACCAUCAUCAACCGCCUGGUCGAGGCCGAGGUCCACCGGCUGGUGGUGGUGGAUGAGAGUGAUGUGGUUAAAGGGAUCGUCUCCCUCUCGGACAUCCUGCAAGCCCUGGUCCUCCCACAGGGCCCCUGAGGCAGUGAGGGAGGGGGGUUCAGUCCUCCCAAGCCCCCCCAACUCUCUUCUGUAACACUGUGCCCCCCCCGGGCUGCUGGGGACACCCAGGGAAUGCCCCCGCUCACCAGCAGCAUCCAGCAAUAACCCCCAGCCCUGGGGCAGCCCCUGCUGCCCUUCCCUGGGUGGGGGGAGCCUGCAGACCCCCCCCCAUGCCGUGCCCAGCACCCCAAAGCCGUGAGGGUGAUUGGGGGCAGCCCUCGAACCCCGUGGGGUGCCAGGCCAGGGUCACCCAUAGCCAUGCCAGGGCUGUUCCCGUGUGGCCUCUCGUCCCUGUCACCCUGCACCCUCUCCCUGGGUUUGGUGAAACCCACUCAGCUCCACCCGGCCUGGGGACCCCCCCACGCCCCCGGGGGUUUCCCCCCAGGUUCCCCCGGCUGUGCCCACACCCGCCACUGCUUCGUGUGCGAGGAGAAACCACGAAUAAACACAGACCUGGCACCA